AUGACUGUUAAGCACCUCUCUGUGGAUUACAACAAGGUGAACGAACGAGGCACCUUCUCCCCUGGGGACAUCCUCUCAGGAAAGGUGACAGUGGUUACCAGCAAGGAAAUCAAAGUGCAGUGUUUUCUGGUCAAAGCCAAAGGAAAGGUUAAGGUGACUUGGUCUGAACGAGUAGGACAAGAGAUAGUUGUCCACUGCAACAAGAAGAAAUACUUUUAUUUUGAACACAUUAUUCUUCAGGAUAAAAACAAAGGAGAUGGGUCAGAAAUCAUCGGCCCUGGGAGAAAUGUGUAUCCAUUCACCUUUGUGAUUCCAAAUACAGAUAUGCCUUCAACUUAUGAGGGGAAAUGGGGCAAAGUUACAUAUAGUUUGCGAACACGGCUGACUCAGUCUAUCUGGCUUGUCCACAAAACCAAGAUUGAAUUCCCUUUUCUAACCAAAGCAGAGUUUCCUUUUGCCUCCAAAUCAGACAUGAUAAUCAUCGAACUUAAGGAGCAACAAUACGCAACCAGGAUUUCAUUUUAUGGCUCUCAAAAGGUAACAAUGAAUGUUACCUCAGAAAAGGUGGGAGUAAAGCAAGGCGAGGCAAUAGGAGUCUCUGUAGAAGUGCUCAACGAGUCCACCCGCACAGUAACCCCCAAAUUCUACCUGUGUGAGAAGCAGACCUUUGCUGCUCAGUCAAAGAGGAUAGUACACACAAAUGACACCUUGUUUGCAACAGGAGACGCCGUUCCAGCUGAGAUCAGUCGGACUAUGACCAAGGUUCUGAGUAUCCCUCCACAGCUCGCCCCUACCUUCUUCAACUGUGGCAUGAUGAAGCUUGAGUACAGAAUCAGGGUCACUCUUGACGGUGUCCCUCUGGCAAGAGACCCAGAGAUCAAACUUCCUCUGGUCAUUCUUUUGGGUUCGCCAAAACCACAUGAACAAAAACCAAAGAGAUCCAUCUGGUUUCGAAAGCUUCCCGGUUAAAAGGAUGCUGCUGCAUGUUCAUACUACCUCAAGUGCCUGUAAAAUGUGUCCGCUGUGUAUUCUCUUGUCCACUAGAUGGAGAUGUGUGUCACUAAUUAGUCUACCAGUAAUGUUUAAUUAAUUUGA